UGUUGAGAAGAAUGAAAGAUUUGAUGAUGCUAAAAUGGUGGGUUGGGAAAUUAGAGAGAGAAAAGGUGGGGAGAGAGAAAGUGAAGAGAGAAAUGAAUUUGAAAUUUUGCUUAUUUUAGAUUUAUAUUGAUUUAUAUACGCUUUUUAUGUUAUUUUGUUUUAAAGAUUUCUUAUUUCAUUUAGUAUGUUGGAGAAGAAUAGUACUGCCGUAGUCCCUAAUACUAAUUGGAGAAACGAGGCCUUAGUCUCGGCAAAAUUCUUCUAUAAGCGUGUAAAACCCUCUGCCUGUAAAACCCUAUCAAGGUGAACUUUAGGUCUUUAAAACAGAAUUCAAAAACAACAACUAACACCACCACCACCACCACCACCACUGACCAUGGCGCCACCAUCAGACAUCGGAAAAAAUCGCUUCCUUUCAUUCUUAAUAUGGCAGUCCAUUCAAUCAUCCGCCAUUUUCAUACUCACCAAAGCUUUUCUUCUCUCUCCUUUCACCCCAAAACCCUUCUUCCCCUCCUUCUUCGGCUGUCUCUCUCUUCUCUGCUUCCUCCUUUCAAUGCUACUCUUCUCCAUUUCCGUCCAACUUAACUCUUCCCCGCAGUUCCGCCUCCAUGCUUCUCUUCCAGAGCUUGCUCUUGGUGUUGUCCGAUUUGUUUUCGGUGGUCUGUCUUCCUUAAACAAGGAUUUUGUCCGACGAGCUCGGGCUUCACUGACUGCUGUUGUUCUUGUUUGCGUUUCGGCCCUUUCUGGUUUUUGCGCGGUGGUUUCGAUUGUUGGGAGUAGCUUUUCUUGUUCAUUUGGUGGGUUGAUUAGUACUUUGGGGCUUCGGAGUCUUUGUGUUGGUUUAUUUUAUGGGUUUUAUUGUGUAUUUUGUCAGCGUUGGGUGUUGGAUUUCCCUAUUGUUCAGCGCUCACCUUUCUUUAGCUAUAAGAUGGGGCUUCUUUCAGCUGUUAGACAAGCUCUGAAGCUUUCAGUUGCAUCCUACAUGUUUUCAGCAUUGUUUGUUCUCCUCUUGCCUGAUCAGCACAGAAGUUCGGUUGCAGGACAAUAUUUCUCAGAGCAAUUUAUCUUUUACGUAGGAAACUUUGCAGUUUUUCUCUCCUGGGAACUGAUACUUUAUUUGCAUAAGGUUCUGCAUACCAAGAGAUUUGUGUUUGCUCCAUCAAAAGGAUCUGCUGCAGUGGAAACAAAUCCCAGUGAAUCUCUUCUUGCUGCUUUGGAGGACAGUCAACCUAGAUCUCUGCUGCAGUAUCUUGCAUACCUUGAUUUAUACAUGGUGUGUGGAAGCAAUAUUGAACCCUGGCGUCGAGCUGCCUUCUUUGAGGAAACUGGUGAGACAUAUAAGAGAGUGGUUGCAGCGUGCUUAAGGCCUUUAGAGCAGUUUACUUCCAACUUAGCUGAAGGCUUAACAAGCUCUAAAAUAAACAAGCUAUCUCAUCAACUAAGCUCACCGAAUGAAUAUUUUCAUAGCUCUGAAAUUCUCGAAUCAUUUAGUGAUUUCCAGAUGUAUGCUUGGUGUGCCCAAACUGUUGCAUCUUUAGAAGUACACUCUCACAAGGAAGACAGGUUUGGAGUUGCUCAAUUAUCUGGGAGCCAUGCAGUGGUGUUAUCAAUGCUGUUAUCCUGUCUGAUUGCUGUCGAAACAUCAAUGGGAAAGAAAAUUAACUUGCAAUCCCCAACUCAUAUGUUGGGUCCUGCUGGCAUUAAAUGGGCUACGAACAGCACUACUAGAAGAGAAAUUGCUACUGCCAUGAACAAGAAAAGGGGUAGCCCUUCACACUCAAAGUUGUAUGCAUUAGCAGAUGUGUUAAAAAUUUCUAUUUAUUCAAUAGUAUCUGAAUUCCUGGAAGAGAUGCGCGUCAGUACUAAAAUGGGGGUUUUAGAGAAAGACUGGCUGAACAAUAGCAAGCCUAUUUAUGGAUCUGCUGAAGUUCUGGUUCAAAAACUGCAAUUCUUUCUUAAUUUUCAAGCUAGCUAGUUGUUAUGUUACACCCCCUAUUUUAAAUAUUGAUUUGUUGGGUAUUGGAGCUUGCCACAUUUAAUUCAAGAAGUUCUAAUCUUGUUUAAUAGGAGAUUGGCGGUUACCAAACAAAGGUGAGAAAGCCUGUAGUCAAUCCUUGAAGAUGGGUGGUUUAGAAGUUUUGAUACAAAUUAUCACAUCAAACAAAUGUGUUCAUGUAGGGUGUUUGAUGCUUAAUGAGCUUGUUGAGAUUCCUGUUUCAUUGAAAAUCACCCUCUUAUACUUGUAUUCCAUAUACUUUUGUUGUGGUGAAAGAGUUGGAGUAUAUUAUACUUACUAGUUUUGUGCC